CCGGAGUGCAUUUUCCCGUCAGUCGAUUGUCAACAUUCAGUACGAUCAGACUCAUUAGGUUAAUUUUAGUUAAACAAAGAUAUUUUAGUUUUAUUUUUCAAAAGUACAAUAAAUCAAAAUUGAUUAAACAAAAUGACAACAUUCAAACAAGUUCCUCUCACAUGCGGUGGCCAUACUAGACCAGUUGUGCAUUUGGAUUUUAGUGACGUUACAAAAGAUGGAUAUUACUUGAUAUCUGCCUGUAAAGAUGGCAAGCCUAUGUUGCGACAAGGUGAGACUGGAGAUUGGAUUGGAACAUUCGAAGGUCAUAAAGGUGCCGUUUGGGGAGUAGCUUUGACACAAAACGCUAAUCUUGCUGCUAGUGGGGCAGCCGAUUUUUCAGCAAAACUAUGGGACGCUAGAUUCGGCGAGGUUGUACACACGUUCGACCACGAGCACAUAGUGAAGAGCGUCAACUUCAAUGCUGACGACACACUGCUGCUCACCGCCAGCAACGAAAAACUUAUACGGGUGUUCGACCUCAACAAGCCUGACGCUGGACCUUUGGAGAAAAUAAAUGCACACACAAGCAGCAUUAGGCACGCUGUGUUCUUGCACAAUUCGCGCAUCGUGAGUGUGAGCGACGACCUCACCAUGCGCGUUUGGGAUCGUAAUAGUGGAAUGGAAGUCCAAAAAGUGGAAUUCUCCACUAUACCAAACAGUUUGGAGUUGUCGCGAGACGGCGCGAUAUUGACCGUCGCACACGGUACGAACGUGUCGUUCUACUCGUCGGACACGAUGCGCAAGAUGCGCGAGUUCCCGGUGCCGACCAAGUGUUACUCCGCGUCUUUGGCGCCGAGCCGCGCCACAUUCGUCUGCGGCGGCGAGGACCUUAAGGUCUACAAGUAUGACUACAACACCGGCACUGAACUUGAGUCGAACAAGGGCCACUUCGGUCCGGUGCACUGCGUGCGGUGGUCGCCGGACGGCGAGCUGUUCGCGACGGGCUCGGAGGACGGCACGGUGCGGCUGUGGCAGGGCGUGCCGGGCCGCGUGUACGGGCUGUGGCGCCGCACCAACGACCACGCGCCGCUCGCCAACGGGUUCAAGGAGGUCGCCGCCAAUUGACACUGCAGCACCAGAGACCAGGACAAGAGUGGGGGGCAGUGAGAGUGCAAUUGAAAUUGUUCGCGUGGUUUAAACUGCGACUGUGGAGUUUACUUGCCACCAGGCUAUGUGCAAAAUGAAAUUAAGAGAGGUUUGCCUGAACAAAUCAAGACUUUAAGUAUUCGAAACUUUUAAAAACUGUGUUUGUGUUGUUUAGUUUUUGCAACACUGGUUUUUAUACUCAAAUGUAAUGUAUUUAUUGUAAAAAGGAACUAAAUAGACUUGAUAUGCAACAAAAUAAAGUGAUUUGUAAAUA